AUUCAUGUAUGAGGUAAAAAUAUCUACUACGUCAGUGCUAGGUACUUCAUCCUCUGAAUCAAGGUCAAUUUUAUUUGGAAUGUUUAGAUAUAAAACCAAACAAUGAUUUGACGAUAAUAAAAUAUAAUAUAAUAAUUCAAUUGUUGGUGAAAUUAUUUCAGUGUAAUCCCUUCAAUCAUGGCGCUAUUUCAAACUCUGCCUAACGGGUUCAAAAUCCCUUCUAUUGGAUAUGGAACAGCUGACGCUCAAGAAAAUGCCCUAGAUCAUGCCCUAGAAAUAGGCUUUCGUCAUCUCGAUACUGCCUACGUUUAUCAAAGCGAAGCUCUUAUAGGGAAAGUUUUAAAGAAAUGGGUUCCCAAUAAAAUAAAAAGGGAAGAUAUUUUUAUUACCAGCAAGUUUCAACCAAAAGAUGAAUUGGAUCCAGAAGAUACACUUAAAAAAACCUUAGAGGAUCUUCAGCUGGAUUAUGUUGACUUAUAUCUAAUUCAUAAUCCAUCUGAUGAUAAUGAAAAGAACCUAAAAAUAUGGAGGAGACUAGAAGAACAGGUUGAUGCAGGAAGGGUCAAAUAUAUAGGUCUGUCCAACUUUUCUAUCGAACAAAUAGAAUAUAUUUUGCAGAACGGCAGAGUAAAGCCUGUCAAUUUACAAGUGCAACUACAUUUGUAUGGUCAGCGUAAAGAAUUUGUAGAGUAUUGCAAAAAGAACAAUAUCACAGUAGUAGCUUAUACUCCCUUAGGAGGCCCAGGGGGUGAAUAUGGAGUAGGAUUAGAUAUUAUCGACAACGAGACUGUAAAACAAAUUGCCAAAAAGUACAAUAAAUUACCUUCCCAAAUAGCCUUAAGAUUUCUGAUCCAGAAAAACAUUGUACCAAUUCCAAAAAGUGUGACUCCAGAACGAAUAGAGCAAAAUUUUAAUGUGUUCGAUUUUAUCAUAAGCGAUGAGGAUGUCAAAAUUUUAGAAGGUUUGGAUAAAAAUGUGUUCAAAACAUUUGUAAACCCACCUUAAAAAGUCUGAAACCUGUAUUGUAAAAAAUGAUUUAAAAAUUCAGAUCAAUAAAUAUGCUUAAAUAAAUUUUUGAUUAAAACCAUA